CCCCCACUUCCUCUAAGCAGGCGCGGGGGUGCCAUUCUCCCUCACGAGCGCACCGGGAGGCUGUGUGUCAGGCCCGGAACGCCCGGCUUUUGUUACGUACCUACCUUGCAAAACUACGUUAGUUCUUUGCAUCCUCCUUGCUGCUAGCUGCAGCGAGCCUCACGUAGGCCACUUGGCUGUGCUACGCCUAUGUGGAGACCAUUGUGGGCAUCAAGCCCUGCCCAGCAAGCAGCUUCACCCCUGGGCCUGAGAACACACUUUACCACUGAGGACCAGCGUCAGGGCUCUUAGGCCCAACUAGCCAGGCUCCACCGUGCAUCAGAGGCACACAGCAGACCAGACAAAUUCCUGGUGUGGUGUGCCCUGGGGAAACAUGGCUAAAGCGGGAGCAGGUGAGCCCUCCCCUGACUCGGAGACUGAACAGGUGACAGAGUAUGAAACCCUGCCUUCUGACUCCAUCUCUCUCAGCGACUCUGAUUCUAAUCUCAGCUGGCCAGGUGGUGCUGAGGUGGAAUCACUGUCCCCAGAAGUACUGCCUGGGGAGGCCCCAGAUCUGGAAGAGCCCCCUUCUCACCCCACAGGCACUCCCACCACAGCAGUGCAGCCUUUCCACCUCCGAGGCAUGAGCUCUACCUUCUCCCAGCGAAGUCACAACAUUUUUGACUGUCUGGAAGGGGCAGCCAGGAGGGUGCCACCCCCUGCAGCCCAAAGCAACAUAAGUGACAAUGGUGACUUCAAGCGGCCCCUGGCACCUUCAAGCCAGCCUCCAGUAGUAGGAGGCCUAGGCAAGGCCCAUGGGAGCCCUGACUCCCGAAGGGUGGCCCGUAUCCCUGACUAUGUGGCACACCCUGAGCGCUGGACCAAAUACAGCCUGGAGGAUGUUGCAGAGGCCACUGAGCAGAGCAAUCAGGCUGCUGCCCUGGCCUUCCUGGACUCACGGAGCCCUGCAGUCCCCGCUGACUAUACACCUUCCUUCAACCAGGAUCCCUCCAGUUGUGGUAAAGGACGAGUAGUCUUUACCAAGCCAUCCCGGGCCAGUGAGACCAGACCUGAGAGGAAGAGGGCCCUGAUGAAAGAGGACUUGGGGGGUGAGGGUCCUGUAGAGCUGACCCACUUGGCAGGGCCUGGAAGCCCAGAGCAUGAGGAAUGGAGCAGCCCCCAGGAGUUGCAUGAGGUGGCGAUGCCUUCAGGGGCUACCUACACUGGCUCCUCACCAGGCCCCCCAGGGGCAGAGACAGUUGGCUUCCAUGUCAGCAAGAAGCGAAGCAGAGAGCACUUCCGCAACAGGGGCAGAAGCCCCGAGGGUCUGGGGUCUGAGAAGGAACACCCAGCCUGACUUCCCCACCAGGCUGCAGGCAGGGCUAGCCAGAGUCACUGUCACUGGGAUGGCAGAGGGACCAUCCCCUCUGGAAGGAAGCCAGUGGGCUACCUGUAGGAGGCAUCAGUAGCUCUGGGCAUCCAUCUCUAAAACAGAGACCUUUCCUGGACCUGGCCGAGAGGUAGGGUUGGGCAGGGACACCAGAAGUCCUGGUUCCCUGGUGUUCAUGGUGGGG